UCAUGACAUUUUGGUUCAAAAGAUGGCUUUACCUAAUCCUACUCAAAGAAACGUGGUUCCUCAUCAUAAAAAAGAACCCUUUUCCCAUAAAAGAAAGGAGUUGAGGGAUCAAAACGUCAUCAAAUACUCAUUCCAGAACUGAUUCGUGUUCAUCUAGACAAAGAGGGAGCAAUUGCACAAACGGUCCACAAACUUCGGUUCAUUAACAAAUUGGCCACUUACCUUUAGGGAUGGCAACUUUGCCCAUACCCAUGGGUUUCUUACUAUCCAACCAAAUUGGGUUAGGUUUGAAAUCCAAAUAGAUAGAUAUGGGUAGAGUUUGAUGGGUUUGUACCCAUACCCAUUUACUUUAGGUUGAGUUGGGUUUAUAUCAAAUGGAUUUGGGUUUGUACCCAUGCCCAAAUACAAAUUACAGUUUGGUAACCAAACUUAAUAGACAUGCAUAUUUAGUAUCUAAAUUUUUUUUUCAUAUAAGUCCUCAAAAUAUCGAUGGAAAAUUACGUUUUGGCACCUAAAUUUUUUUGGUCUUACAUUUUGGUACCUAAACUUUUCAAGUUUUGCAAAUAGGUCCAAUUUUUGCAUGUGUAGUUAAAACACCCUCAAGUAAAUGGAUAUCCAUAUCCAACCCAUACCCAUUUAGAUUAUGGAAGCCCCAAACCCAUCUAUAAACCUCCAAAUCCAUAUGCACUUCACCCAUACCCAACCCAUUACCAAUGGGUUUACUUGGGUUUGGGUAUAAUUACCCAUGGGUGGGUAAUUUGCCAUCCCUACUCACCUUUGCUAGGGACAAUGAAUUCACCAUUGCACUUCGUAACAACAACAAAAUAAAACAAUCACUUCCUCUAUUUCAUCGAAUCUCUAUCAUAAUAAACGCGUCAAUCGAUCCAGUUUAAAUCAAUCAGACACUUCUUCAAACAAAACCUAGUCAGCCAACACAAAGCAGUUCUAAAGCACAUACAACACAAACUCCAUCCUAAUCUCUACCUCACCAUCCUAAUCUCCAUCUGUUGAAUAACUAGACUAUGUUCUCAACCCAUUUUUACUCUCUUUUUUUUUACCAGGUAUUUUCCUUCUGAUCCGAAUACGCGAGACAUGUAUGAAGUUCAAGGCAAUCGUGAUGCUCUUCAUCAUUGAUUCUGGUUGAGGAUAAACGAAAUCAUUAUUUCGUCAAUUCCAAAAUUUAAUAGCGAACUCGACGUAUACCGAAAAAUUUUGUGACCGAGUUUUGACCGACCCCAAAAGUUGAGUGGCGGUUUUGAGUAAUUGACCCCGAAAGAGAAGAGAGAACACAUGAAAGAAAGGAAAGGAAAGGAGGGGAAAUGAAAAAUCCGACGUAAAAGUAGAGCUACCUACCAAAUCCAGCCCCCUCAUAUCUGCAACCACUUGUCUUUCUCACCAACUUGGUCAAAAUCCCUUCUCCUUCCCUCUCUCUCUCACCACAGAUUUCAUUUCAAUUCAAUUUUCACCCCAUUUUCUUCUCUCUUCUCCACUUUCCAUCCUCUCUUCUUCUUCUACCUUCCUCCCUCCCUCUCUCUGCUCUAUAAUUAAUACUCCAUUCUCAGUCCUCUCUUAUUGGCAACACCCACCUUCCCUUUUCUUCAUCUUCUCUACAAUAAAUUCGCUCUCCCCUGUUUUUCCUCUCUCUCAGACUUUUCGUCGAACAGUUAACAGACAAACGAGUCAGGUACUUGUGUAAACCUGCUGUUGACGUCUCUCUCCACGAAACCAAUUUCAAACAAGAGAAGAGAAACAGAACCCAUUUCUCCGAUUUGAAAAAGAGAAAGGAACACACCAUGGGAAGGUCUCCUUGUUGCGAGAAGGCUCACACCAACAAAGGCGCCUGGACGAAAGAAGAAGACCAGCGCCUUGUUGAUUACAUCCGCACUCAUGGCGAAGGCUGCUGGCGCUCCCUCCCCAAAUCUGCCGGGUUGCUUCGGUGCGGGAAGAGUUGCAGACUGAGGUGGAUUAAUUACCUUAGGCCUGAUCUCAAAAGAGGGAAUUUCUCUGAAGAAGAAGAUGAACUCAUCAUUAAGCUUCACAGCCUUCUUGGAAACAAAUGGUCGUUGAUUGCCGGAAGACUGCCGGGAAGAACAGAUAACGAGAUCAAGAACUACUGGAACACUCACAUCAAGCGAAAGCUCAUGAGCCGCGGGAUCGACCCGCAGACCCACCGUUCCCUCAACGAGAAACCAACCUCCGCCGCCGUUCCCGCAACCACCACCACCACCGUCACCGCCGCUGCUGUUACUGCUCCGACGAAGCCUACCCAGUUGGAUUUCAAAUCGGCGCCGGCUCAAGCUCAAUCCAUGGCGGAAAUAAACCGUCUCCUCCAAUCCAACACGAUGAAGGCUAGCAGUAUCCUGGAUUUCAAAUUCCAAACGGUGGUAAAAGCAGAGUCCGUCGAGGAAAACAACUGCUCCAGCAGUGGGAUGACCACCGACGAAGAACAGCAGUUUCAAAGGCCUGCCGUCGCCGCCUCCGGCGGCGAGCGGCGGGAGGAAUUGAAUUUGGAUCUUACAAUCGGACUUGCUACUCCAUCUUCUUGUUCUCGAACGACGACCCGGCCGAGUUCGGCUUCCUCCGGGAACUCUGCCGAAUCGAAGCUUCAAUUCCACCCAAAAUUUCAAUUUUCCGGCACGGCAGCUACGGCGCCGAGGACGGCGGAGGCCGUCUGCUUGUGUUGGCAGUUGGGCGGCGGAGCUCGUGGGAAUUGCCACUGCCAACAUUCUCCCGGUGGGCGGCAACAGCAGCAGAUUAGAUAUCAGUAUUGCUAAUAAUAAUUUCCAGUUUCAUCCCUUAAUUUCUGUUUCUUUUCCAUUUUGGGACAGAUUUGUGUUUACUAUUUAGGUUCCUUUUUUUGUUCUUUUAACCUUUUUGGGUAAAGCUGAAUCUAAGAUGGGGGAAGGGGUAAAAAAAGCUUUUCACUGGCCAAGUGUAAUUGUAAGGUAAAAAAAACAGCACUAGAGAGAUGUUCAAAGUACUUACUAUGUGGUAAAUGUUAUUUUUACUCCAUGGGGUGACACAUUAUAUCGUAUUGUAUUUUGAUGGGUAGUACCGUAGCAGAAGUAGUUUUAGAACUUGGGUUUGAAAAUAUAAAUACAAAAUUACUAUCCAACAUUAUUAAAUGCCUUCUUCUUCAACCUUCUGGUUUUCUUAUGCAUUAGUUUGGUUGUCGUGCGCCCAAUCCGAUUAUGGUAUUCACAGUUUAUCUAUGAGAAUUUGUUUACUGGACGUACAAUCGUUGAUGAAUUGUGGGUUGGACACAUUUUGGAGAGAGAAAAAAUGCCACCCACUUCCAUCCAACGGUCACGGAGCAUCAUACAUUCGAUCCAACACUUGUGCAUAAUGCGAGCAUGUUAUCACAAAUGGGCUAUGAGCACCUUAGCCGAGUUGUACUCACCCAACGCGCUUUUAGGUUAAUGGUAUAUUAUUGUAGCUUUGCCACUCAAAACAUCUAGUGGUGAAAACAUGACCAAAUUACUUCUACUCAAUCGGAUGUCAACAACAAACUGGUAAUAGCAUUGUAACAUGAAUGUGUUGGAUUCAAAUCGAACUACUCUUCAAUUGUUUUCCUGUCAUUUUUGGUGUUUAGUUAUAAGUACUAUGUACAACCAACAACAAAAAUCUAACACUACCAACCUAAACCCAUGUUUUAGUUUGAAAAUCAACCUAACAUCCCACUAUAUAUGUUUUCAAAUAACAAAGAUCACUUAGCUGUAAAGCUGAAACUCGACAUAGUGGGGAAAAUGGAACAUUGUACUUGAAUAAAUUCCCAGUGUUUUAGGGAUAUACCAUGAGACCAAUUUCAUGUGGGGGGAUGAGGUUCUUCCUUAUAGCAUGUGAUCGUGUUUUAGGGUCAUAUGGUCAUAUGGUCUGUUAAUUAUAUAUUGUUUUUUAUCAUAAAAAGUGUAAAAGCAUCUUGUACCUAAUUAGUAAUUAUUAGGAUUAGUGUGACAUUAAUCUACUUUCUCAUUUGAAUGAGUUUCAUAUAUGUAACCUUUCCUCUCUUUUUUUUUUUUCUGCAUGUACUGAGUUUUCAUUUCUAGAAGUAAAACUUCAUGUUAUUAGGAAAAUUUAGUGAAAACUAUAAUUUGUAUGCAUAGUUAAGCUAUUGAACUUGCGAUGAAGGUUCCUAACCUAUAUGAUCAUCAUAUUAUGUGUGCAUGUGGAGCUAAAAUUAUACCAAAACACUUUAAGCUCGGUUAUUUAAGCAUUUUAUAAGCAUUAUGACAUAGAAUUCUCUAUAGGUAGGGUGCUAAACCUGCGUGGAUGUUGCAAUACAUUAGAGACAGAUCUUCAUAUCGACAAAGUAUGAGAGAGAUAUGGGAGUCAUAAGGAAUAAUCUAACAUUAACUCACAAAAUGUGCUUUGUGGUGAAAUGAAUGAGCUUUUGUAAGAAUUAUGAAGUUAAAUAUGCUCAUAGUGAAGUAGUUUAGAUAUGGAUGACAUCUUGUCUCUUGAGAAGUCACCAUGAUGCAUCCCAAAAGUAAAACUGUGUGGAAAUGGGCCCAAAACAUAAUAUUGAUUAGAAAAAGGAGUUAGGAUGUUACAGAUGCUUUUGUUAACAUAAAAUCAUGCUUUUGUCAACAUAAAAUCGAAACGGUUAAAAGUAUGCUUAUUCGUCUCAAGUAUAAACUGUUUAGUAGCAAGUGAGUUGUUAAAAAAUCGGCAUGUGACAUAUACUCGCACAAUAAGAAGAUAAAACAUAAGAACCACUUUAGUUUUGUUAAUUUAUUUGACAUUUAUAAAUUAUACUAACGAUU